AUGUUCAUAGGUUUCGCCGGUAACGAUUCGCCCUCCUUCGUCUUUCCGACCGCGAUAGCGACCAAGGGACCCGCCGCUGGUGCUGCUGGUACUGGAUCUGGUAGACCAGCAGUCGCCAACAAGCCCUCCUUCUUGACUGGAGGCGCUGGAGCUGGUGGCCAUCUUUCAGCCAAGCGAGGCACCGAGGACCUGGACUUCUUCAUUGGUGAUGAGGCGAUCGCAGCUUCAAAUGGGCCCGGAUAUGGCUUGCACUACCCAAUUCGACACGGUCAAAUAGAAAACUGGGACCACAUGGAACGCUUCUGGUCAAACUCCAUUUUCAAGUAUCUCCGAGUCGAGCCUGAAGACCACUACUUUCUUCUCACCGAGCCUCCCCUGAACCCUCCUGAGAACCGAGAAAACACCGCCGAGAUCUUCUUCGAGUCGUUCAAUUGCGCCGGUCUCUACAUUGCCGUACAAGCUGUUCUCGCACUUGCUGCGUCAUGGACGUCCUCCAAGGUGUCUGAUCGUUCUCUCACGGGUACGGUUAUCGACUCUGGUGAUGGUGUCACCCACGUCAUCCCUGUCGCCGAGGGUUACGUCAUUGGCUCAUCGAUCAAGUCCAUCCCAAUUGCGGGUCGAGACAUUACCUACUUUGUUCAAUCGCUGCUCCGAGACAGAGGCGAAGCCGACAGCUCGCUCAAGACUGCCCAAGAAAUCAAGGAGGAGUACUGCUACGUAUGCCCGGACAUUGUCAAGGAGUUCUCCAAGUUCGAUCGCGACCGAAGUCGCUUUGCCAAACACGUUGUCACCCAGCCUGGUGGCCGUCAAGUCAGCGUGGACGUUGGUUAUGAACGUUUCCUGGCUCCUGAAAUUUUCUUCAACCCCGAAAUUUACUCGUCCGACUUCCUCACACCCCUGCCCGUUGUGGUUGAUGGUGUUAUUCAGCAGAGUCCCAUUGAUGUGCGACGAGGCCUGUACAAGAACAUCGUGCUGUCGGGAGGUAGCACCUUGUACAAGGACUUUGGCCGUAGGUUACAGAGGGACAUCAAGCACCUUGUGGAUGCGAGAAUCCGCGCCAGUGAAGUGCGCAGCGGUGGCGCCAGGAGUGGUGGCCUUGAAGUCCAGGUCAUCACCCACAAGCGACAACGGCACGGUCCCUGGUUUGGUGGUAGCUUGCUAGGACAGACUCCAGAGUUCCGCUCGUAUUGUCACACAAAGGCCGAGUACCAAGAGUAUGGCCCUGGAAUCGUGAGAAGAUUUGCUCUGCUUGGCGGACCUGGUGGCUCAUAG